AUGAGUUCUGAAAAGGAAAGUAAGAAGCGCAAAUCAAAUGCCCUUGACCAGGCUUGCUUAGAACUCAGUGAAGAAGUAGAAAAUGCUGAAGAAAUUGUGAAAAAGAAUGAACAGAUCGAAGAAGAGGAUAUUGAAACACAAUUCAAUAACUGGAAAGUUAACAGUGGGUUGUUGUACGAUUUUGUGAGUAGAAAAGAGCUGGAGUGGCCAUCGUUAUCUAUCGACUUUGGUGAUUUCCACAAUGAAAAUAGUGAAGAUAAUGUAUUUAAUCAAAUAGUAUGUGUAGGAACCCAUACAUCUAAUAAAGAACCCAAUUUCCUAUACGUUUGUGAUGUACUUUUCCCUCUGGAACAACUACCACAAGAAAAUUGCAUCUACAAAACGAAUGAUAAUUAUGAGGGAUUCGAUUUUUGUUCAGAAAAAAAAAAAUUUACAAUAAAAUCGAAAAUUGCUCACAAAGGAGAAGUAAAUAGAAUAAAAUUUUUGCCUCUUGAAAAGAAAAACAUUGUUGUAACGAAAGCAACAGAUGGAAAUCUUCACCUUUUUGAUAUAAAUAAACAUGGAAUCGAAACGAAUGAAGAUAAAAUGAAUCCAGAAGUGUCAUUCAUAGGAAAUUCAUCUGAUGGAUUCGGCUUAGAUUUCAAUUCAGAGAAAAAAUAUGUCUUAACAUGUGGAAAUGAUGGCGUACUAAACCUUUAUGAUUACAAUGACUUGAGUAAAAAAAGUGCAAACCCAUUCUAUGGAAUUAAAUAUAAAUCUCCACUUAAUGAUGUCUCUUCAACCAAUGAUCCUAACUUAAUUUUAGCUUGUGCAGAUAAUGGAUAUAUUUUAAUGUACGAUAUAAGAAUCAAAUCAGAAGAACCCGUUCAACAGGUUCUAGGACAACAAGUACCUGUGAAUUGUAUUUCCCUGAAUAAAUUCACGGGACAUUUUGCAUCUGGUAGUGAUAAUGGAAAAAUAAAAAUAUGGGAUAUUAAAAAAUUAAAUGAACCUCAACAUAUUAUUAAUGCACAUAAAGAACCUAUUAUUAGAUUAAAUUUCUCUCCAAAUGAUUCUUCAAUUCUCGCCUCAGCAAGUAAUAGCCGUUUUAUAAAUAUUUACAAUUUGGCAAAAAUUGGAGAAGAACUUGAUGCUAUUGAUUUAUCCGAUGGGCCAUCUGAAUUAAUUUUCUCCCAUGGUGGACAUACUCAGCCCAUUACAGAUUUCAACUGGAAUCAUCAUAAGCAACUCAAAAUGUUUAUAGGAUCUACUGGCGAAGAUAACACUUUGCAGUUCUGGCAACUCAAAACAGAGCUUCUAGACGAAACCAAUACAGUUCCCACAUCUAAUACAGAUGUCGAGUGA